AAUUAUCUUCUACCUCUAAUAGCAUACAGGCAUGUUCCUAAUUUAAAUUUUCCCAAACAGAAAUUGGUUGUGGGCAGGCCCCAAAAUGGGUGCAAUCAGAAGAGCGACGACGAACAUGAUCCUCAGAGAUAUCUUCCGUCCUUCCCUCAGAUCACUGUCACUGUCCUUGGGAUCUGCCCGCAUGUUCCGAACCUCGCUGCCGAGCUUGAGUGCGCCCCUCCGCCUCAUGUGCCGGAGUAUCGGCUCCUGCCCCGUCCGUUGCGCCGCCCUGGAUUCCGGCGACGGCGGCAAGAAGGCUCCGGCACGGCUGUCUCAGAUUCAGCAACUCAUGCUGGAUGCCGAAGAGAGAGCUGCUUCUGCCGGCAACGAACCGAUUCCCAAAAUCAAAUUAGACCAUGUUACAGUGAACUUUGCGAGAAGUGGUGGGCCUGGUGGUCAAAAUGUCAAUAAAGUGAACACCAAGGUGGACAUGCGGUUCAAUGUUAAAAAUGCCUAUUGGUUAAGUGAGAGGGUCAGGGAGAGGAUUAUCCAAAUGGAAAAGAAUCGGAUCAACAAAUACGGGGAGCUUGUGAUUUCUUCAACAAAGACCAGAACACAAAAGGGUAACAUUGAAGAUGCUUUGGAGAAACUACAGGCGAUUAUUGAUGGUGCUUCAUAUGUCCCACCACCUCCUUCAGAAGAGCAAGUCAAAAAAAUUGCCAAGUUGGCUGCCAUUGGAGAGCAGAAAAGGCUGCAAAGCAAGAAGGUUCUUUCACAAAAGAAAUCUUUCAGAAGAGGCCGAGACAGUUGGGACUGACCACCAGACUGUUAGGUCUUGUAUGCUUACACAUGUAAGUUUCACUAUUUUCCUCGUGCAGAGUAGACACGUGUAAGUUUCACUACCUCAUGUCUCCUUACGUUGUGCUACAUCUGGGAUUCUCUUGAAGUUGUGUACAGAAUUGACAGUUUACAUUGAUAAUGAAUAUUUUUAGUUAAGAGUUCCGGUAGUUCAAGUAAUGUAUGUUAUUCAAUGUUUCACCCCUUGAUUUUGACUGUUGUAUUUUCAACGUUUGCUGGUUUAUGAUGUAUAUGCGUGGGCAUGUGUUUAGGUUAGCAAGGAAAUAAUCAAACAUAUGUUCUGUUGGAAAUCUCAUUGUAAAGUGUUUGGUUGCUUUUGGUAUA